AUGCCGACAGUAAGUAUGGCCAAUUUUGAUGGUGAGGAUCUUCUGAGUGCUAGGCUGCUAUCGUUUAUGGCUAGUAGUGACCAGUCAAAUCCGGACGGUCAGUAUCACUUGGGUGGAAAUACUAAUGAUUUCAACCAGACAAACUUGUGUUCACUUCUAUCGGAAUCCGGAAACACAGGUUUCAAUAUCGGUUCGCCUGGUCAUCGAAAUGUUCCUACAUCACUUUUUUACGACAGAACAUCUAGUGGUGUGUCUCUAAGCCCCUCUUCUAAUGACAAUGGCGUGUAUGGUGGCGUGCCUACCAGCCCAAUUUCAGGUUCGUGUACCCCUCCCCCGACUGUUAUAUCAGCAGCUGACCUACCAGAUAGUUUCCUGAACAUGCGCCACACUCAGAUUGGAGCACCUCCUUACUCAGCUCUUACUUCCCCAUGUCUCGGUAACAAAUUGACUUCCAUCCCACAACACUCAUUAAUGAAUUUAAAUGGUGGGGCCGGAGCUGGUGAUCGUCACAGUUUGCAGAACUCUCCCUUUUACAAUCAUUAUCCUGGGAAUUUGCAAACACAUUUGCAGCGUCAAUUUCCAGGGUUGUCACCGGGUCCUGCAGGCACGUUAUUUGCAAGCGGAGCGAACGGUUUUGGUACUGCGUCACAAAAUCUCAUUUCAAGGAGCGGAUUAUAUCAAGAUGCCGCAUUUUCACUUCCCGGUUUUCGUCCUACAAAUUCGAACUCUACAUACUGCCCUCAGCGAGAGCUUUUUCCUUCCGUGAAUUCGUCCCAUCCAAGUAACAGCUGUCACAACUUUAUGGGCCCUGGUCUACUUAUGCAAGAUCGUUUACACUACUACGCUAUUGCUCAGAAACAUGGUUUUAUAGUUGGUGCUGAACUAGAAAGGAUUAAGGAGAAUUCACGCCGUUCUACCAGUCAAUCGUAUGGUCGCAUUUCAGCAUAUUUUCGUAAUCGCUACGGUGAGACGGAAGCUAAAACCAAGGCUGCUUAUCUACAGUUAGGAGUGCGCGUUCCAAGCAAAGAUCAUGUUUCUGAAAUUGUUGGGAAAGGUGGCCAAAAAAUUAAAUUGAUUCGUGAGGAAACCGGAGCCUUAAUUACAACUCCUGGUGAACAAGAAGAACAUGUGUUUAUUAUUGAAGCACCUCCGGAAAUUGCUAUGCGUGUUGCUCAUCAUUUAGCUACCAGAGCUCAAGAGAUAACGCAAAGUAAGAUUGUCGCUGGGGAAAGGAGACGUGGUUCCACAAGUUCUCAACCAUGUGGUACUGAAAAUGGAAUGAGUAUGGCGAAUGGAUCUAAUGGAAACUCCGGUCCAAAUCUAACUCCUGGCGGUUCAAACAAUUUUGUUAUUCCUAAUCCAUGUUCCUCGGUAUCUGGGCUGUUGUCACUCAACAAUAGUGUGAACAAUUCUCCACUUCAUCCAUCUACAACUAUAAAUGCACCAUUCAAUGGUGUGACAAUUUCUUCAAAUGGUUCUUCGCUUCGUAGUCCAAAUGCAAGUAUAUAUACUCCUUCAUUCUCAAGUUUACCAGUUAGUCCUGGAAACUCUAAUACUUUGAGUAGUCAAAUGCAAACAAAUACAAUUACGAACACUGGUUUGUUUUCAAAUACAAACACACCUGGUAGUCGAGUACUUUUGGCGCGUGGUCGAAUAUCUGUCCCGCAGGAAAUGGUAGGAUACUGGUACGGAGAUAAAAGUCCUCCUAAAGAGGCUGCACGUGGUCCUAAUGCAACUUCUGAGUUUGAGAUAUCCGCGUAUCAAGGUUUAGGCUUGAGUUCUAAUCAGGCUGCUGAGUGCAGAGUUCAACAAGCUAAGCAAUUGAUUGGUCACUUAGUCAUGAGACAACUAGAACGGCGUGCUAGUGAAGAAGUAGAGGAGGCUUCUGGAUCAUCUAAUAUGAGUUCUGAAGAGCAACGAGUAAAUGGUUCAAGUGCUUCUACAAUGCCAAAUGUUUGCAACAGUACUUCAAAAACAAAUGGGAAUGUUGCUGGCUGGAUGUGGCCUGACGUUGCUCAGAUGGAUUCUCAAGAGGCUCGUGAAACACGUCGAGCAAAAGAGCUUGCUGUAGUUUCUACGGGGCCAUCAUCAACCUCUAGUUGCUCAAUUAACGUACUAAAUACACCAGGUUCUUUACUUAAUCCUAAUAGCUGCAAUGGUUCUCAAGGUUUAACUGGAGAUAAUCAACACUCGAAUCAUUUCCAAUCUCAUGUACCGAAUGGGACGUAUUUUGACAGUAUUCAGGCGAAUGGCUGUGAGGAUGGGAUUUCUGGUGAUGCUACUGUUUCAAAUGGCAAUCCCAACAAUCAGUGUUCACUAAAUGAGUCAAGAUUGUUAUCAGCUCCGUUUAGUCCAAAUAAUGGUCACUUUAAUCAUCGUGUUUCAACUACGUCUAGUGAUGGUAUAUCUAAUGGAUUUCAAGUUUGUAUUCCGCGUACCGUGCAAAAUUUCGAUCUAUCUGCAUCAAACGAUUUUCUAACCAAUCUAAAUCGAGCUUCUGGUCCUAAUUUAGUUUCUGAUAUAUGGAAUUCAGCGGCCCCACCUUUCACUUCUGGACAAACGGAAUCUCCUUCACGUAUGCAUGGUUAUGUUGGUUCUAGUUCCACCUUGAAUAAUUUGAUGAAUCCAUCAUCACCUGGUCAUAACAGCAAUGUCUUCACUUCCAAUUCAAAUCGCAUUCUAGGUAGUCGAGCAUUAGAUAAUACUUUCGAUACUGGUAUAUUCAAUUUUAAUGAAUCCAGACAAGAAACCGAUGGCAAUCUCAGUCCAAAUAUCUUACUUCAUAACCGUCUGCAGCAGCAGCAGCAUCAACACGAACAAGAUAUGCAUCAACCAUUAGUUCGUCGACAUAGUGAUUGGCUGGUGCCUUCAUCUCAUUUACUCACCGAACUAACAUCUGAUUCAGGAGAUACUACGUCACCAUGUGCUCAUCUUGUAGCUAAUGAUGGUGAAUCAGGUACACACCCGUAUUCUGUCAGUAAUUUUAAUUUUAUCCAUGCUUUGGACCAGUUGUGUUUGAAUUCUUCCUGUGAUAAAGAUCUAAUUGUUGGCUCUGGUGUUUCACUUGGUACUACAAUUAAUAACAGUAUGACUGCUUGUCCUCCUGGUUUUGAAUCCCAUGAUCCUAAUGAUAAUGAAUCAGUUUUCACUCUGAAGUCUAAGGAGUCAUUAAUCAAUUCCACCAAACUUUGGUCGUCUUCGAAUUCAAGUAAGGCUCAUAGUGGAAGUGCUGUUAAUAACCAUUUACUUGCAAACAAAAAUGCCAAUCUCAUGCAUAAUCUCCCAUCAUCAUGUACAGAAUCAUUGGUUGGGUCAAGAAUGGUUUCAAAUACAUCUGUACUGCAACGCUUGUUUAGUAAUCCAGGGGCUCACCUGUCCAGUAUGGUUUCUGUCAAUGCUGACGAUCUUAGUAUAUCUGAUCGAAUUAAUAGUUCAAUUUGGUCUCAGGCCAACAAUGACCACAUUCCGAAUUGUUGUUCAUCAAACAGUAUUGAUGAUUCUUUCGGAUUUUCUUACUUAGAAAAUAGACUCAACGAAAAUCAUUUUCAAAAUGAUGCUUCUCAAAGUUCAGUAUUUUUUUCUGAAAACCUGAGUGAUUAUUCUCCAAAUAAUAAUAGUAAUAAUAAUAACGAUGGAAUAGAAAAAAACGCGAUAAAUGGCAGUAGUCAUCAGUCUGCACGUUGUGGAGCUAUUGGUGAAGGUCGCAGACGUAGACGUCCUAGUCCAAAUCUUUUAUCAGCUGAUAAUGAUACGAUGGCUUUGUCUGUUUCAUCAGCACUAGCGUCCAUUACAGAAGUGGCAUAG